AAUGCUGUUUGACUUCUUGCGGACGAUGGGGCACCAUCAUGGCUCGUAGAGAACCGGAGAAACCGGUGUUACAGGUUCUGAGAAUGGCAGGAGUAGCUUCAAGAACAGUGUUCACCAAACCCAAGGUUGAACUUCACUGUCAUCUCGAUGGAGCCAUAAGACUUAAAACUAUUCUGCACUUUGCCAAGAAAAGAAAAAUCCAAAUACCAGCCGAAAAUGAAGAUGAGCUUCGCAAACUUGUAACCUGCAGCAAACCGUCAACACUUACUGAGGUCUUGUCAAAGUUCCGUUACUAUAUGCCAGUGAUUGCAGGUGACCGAGAAGCUAUUGAGCAAAUAGCCUAUGAACUUGCCGAGGAUAAAGCAAAAGAAGGAAUUGUAUACCUUGAAGCUAGAUACAGCCCACACUACCUAGCAAAUUGCAAUGUUCAUCCUAUUCCAUGGGGUCAAACAGAAGGUAAUGUAAGCCCAGAUGAAGUUGUCCAUCUUGUCAAUCAGGGCUUUCUGAGAGGUCAGUGUGACUUUGGAAUUAAAGUGAGAUCGAUUCUCUGUUGCAUACGUCACAUGGAAGCAUGGUCUCUUGAAACUGUUGAGCUUUGUAAGAAGUAUCGAAAUGAUGGUGUUGUGGGAAUUGAUCUAGCAGGAGAUGAACUGAUGAACGCUGAAUCCCAUCCAGGCCAUGUACAAGCUUAUGAAAUAGCUGUGAAGUGUGGGAUCCAUCGUACUGUUCAUGCUGGGGAAGCUGGACCACCACCAGUGGUGUGUGAGGCUCUGGAAAUUUUAAAGUCCGAAAGAAUUGGCCAUGGAUAUGCAAUCAUUAAUGAUCCUGUACUCUACAAGGAGAUAUUACAGAAGAAAAUCCACAUCGAGGCAUGUCCCUACUCAAGUGUUCUCACAGGAGCAUGUGAUCCUGAUUUCACAAAACAUCCAGUUGUCACAUUCAAGAAAGACAAAGCCAACUUUUCACUCAAUACAGAUGAUCCAUUGGUUUUUGGUUCAACAAUUCACACUGAUUAUAACAUAGCUGCAGACUACAUGAACUUCACAGAAAGAGACUUCAUGGAAAUGAAUCUCAAUGCAGCCGCUUCUAGUUUCCUUUGUCCGAAAGAAAAAGAAGAGCUUCUUAAUUUCCUGAAGACAGAAUAUGGAAUGAGACAAGAUUUUUGUCACUAAGCAUUUAUUAAACAAUGUGCAGUGUUAAUGAACAACAAGUAGUUAUUAACUUCAGCCACAGUCCCCACUUGUAGCAGAUCUGUUUGUAUGAAUGUGAAUGGUACACUAUAUGCAUUGGCUAGAGUAAACAAAUGAACAAUCAUUAAUCAAGAAAUGAUAGAACAUACAGAAGAUGAUUUGGAAGUAGUUCUGUGAAUUUAGCAGAGAUUAGUAAGUUGUCAGCUGUGCACAGCCAGAAUCUAUCACCUCAAUUAUAUUUCAAGUUGGAUCACGCUGAAUCCUAAAUUUUCUUCAUCAAAGCCAAGCAAGAAUGUGUCACAUUCAGUGGGCCAGAAAGAAUGGUUCAAAGCAAUGACAAAUAUUCCAGGGGUUAAGGCAAAUGAAACUUCAUGAGCAGUAACUUGUGAGGUAUAAACCAUUGUCUGAAAAGAUAAUUAUGGUUUGAGUGGUGUCUUUGUAAUUGCUUUCUAUCACAAUGGAAAUUGCCCAUGUUAUAAUCUAAAAAUAGUGUUUAGAUUUAAAAGAGCAGAUAUGGGUAGGUGAUCAGAACAUUUUAAUGGUAUACUACAAUGUUUACUUGUGUCACUAAGUAUCAACUUUCACCAAAGGCCUGCAGAAUUGGUGAGCCCACUCCUUGAUGGUAAAUGUAGGCAGAGACCAUAAAGUCACUGGUUCUUCUUCUUUAAAUUUUUUGAGGGAUAGAGUGCUUUGUGUUUGAGGAAUAUACAUUAUGUGGCUUCUAGGAUUGACUUCCAAACUGGAAAUACCUUAGUCUCCUGUAUCUAUCCCUAACCCUAUCCCUAACCCUAUCUAUCACUUCUUGUGCUUGGGAUAAGUAUAAAGAUACAAUUAUACAGCAAUGGGAUUUGUCCUAUGAACCUCUCAGUAUCAAACAAUUGUCUGAAAUAACUCUGGUAUUCUAUUUUGUAAAAACAGGCUAGCUUUAUGAUAUAUUGUUAUUUAACCUGCAUAUUGCUAUCUAUUAAUUGCUUGAACUACCUUGUGAAACAUUUGAAAAGCUGAAUAAUACUUUAAACUGUACUUUACAACUUUACUGAUCUGAGCUUUAAUGGAAACUGCUUCAUUCAAAUUUACUGAAAAAUGAUUAAACAUGAGUUUCUGAAAUCUAA